UUGUAAUUACUAUCGACAGCUCAGUACAAGAUCUCUCGCUGCCGCAGAUGCGUUCGUUGCACGUUGGCAGUAUCCAAAAAAAUUAAUCGGCGCCGAUAGAAACAGUUCGAGCUUGAUUCGACAGCCAGCAUCGGAGACACAAUCGUUGCUAGUGAUCCUCAAGCAAAGAAAUUGAGACUGCCAAUAUGCAGAAGUUUUCGCUGACGUUCCUCGUGACUACAUUAGUCGCACUCUUCGUUGCGGAGUUCUCGAGUGGUCAUCCUACGAAUGUCUCACAAUCAACCAACUACACCAAUAUAAUCGGAGGAAUCUCGUUCCGACAACCCGGGGGAAAAAUCUGUUGUACGCCCAUCUUAGAUAGGAGCGAUUAUGUUGUUACGCCGGGCCUAGGAGCCCACAAGAUUCAUAAACGCAGGGCGACAUGGAACGAAGCCCGAAAGAUCUGUCUGAUGGAAGGAGCUCACUUGGCUGUGUUAGAUUCUACUAGGAAAAACAACCUGUUCAAAGAAUGGAUGUCUCAAGAGUCCUUGGAAACCCUCUGGUUAGGCUUUCACGACCUGUUUGAGGACGGCUCCUGGACCACCGUGACCGGCGAUUCGGUCGAUACAAUGGGCUAUCAUCCAUGGGCUAAAGGCGAGCCCAACAAUUUGAGGAAUGGACGAAACCAUGGACAGCAUUGUGCGAUCCUUUCGGUACACGUCAUGGAAGCCAUGGGAGCUGAUGACGGCCACUGCGAUGGCACGUCUCCGUUCGUCUGCGAAAUCGAUUUGUGUGGACACCUAAAUCCCCCUACUGUUCCCAAUGCAGAGUCGAUCUCAAAAGUCAGUUAAUAAAUCCCCUUUGAAGUAAGAUUAUCAUAGAUUGUUCAGUAUCGUUGUAACAAGGAUAUCAAGAUUCUUUGAAACUCAUAUGGAAUAAACAAUUUUUGUCAUCAUGAUAA